AUGAACAUCAAGGAUGACUUUAUGUUCCGCCUGUCUCGAGCAGACGAUAAGGCCACCCAACUGGAUGAAAAAAGGCUUAGGGAACUGACGCGUCCAAAACUGUCUUCACCUGCAGAACCUCUUCCAACUCUAGGAAGGCGAGACCACCCUGGGGACAAGAGGGUGUUGUACACCAAGGUGGUGAACAACAACCACAUGGAGGUCACCAAAAAGCUGAUGUCCACCUUCACCAUCGAUGAAGCAGUGACCUUCCAGCAAUUUAAAAUGAUUGGAAUGCUCGAUUUGGCCACCAACAUGGAUGAAAAAAGGCUUAGGGAACUGACGCGUCCAAAACUGUCUUCACCUGCAGAACCUCUUCCAACUCUAGGAAGGCGAGACCACCCUGGGGACAAGAGGGUGUUGUACACCAAGGUGGUGAACAACAACCACAUGGAGGUCACCAAAAAGCUGAUGUCCACCUUCACCAUCGAUGAAGCAGUGACCUUCCAGCAAUUUAAAAUGAUUGGAAUGUUCGAUUUGGCCACCAACAUGGAUGAAAAAAGGCUUAGGGAACUGACGCGUCCAAAACUGUCUUCACCUGCAGAACCUCUUCCAACUCUAGGAAGGCGAGACCACCCUGGGGACAAGAGGGUGUUGUACACCAAAGUGGCGAACAACAACCACAUGGAGGUCACCAAAAAGCUGAUGUCCACCUUCACCAUCGAUGAACCUUCAACAGUGACCUUCCAGCAAUUUAAACGGAUUGGAAUGCUCGAUUUGGCCACCCACAUGGAUGAAAAAAGGGUUAUGGAACUGAGACGUCCAUUUCCAAAAUCCGAUUUGAGGGACUUCCGGAGGCAAGAUUAAAUGUUUAGGGAACUGACGCGUCCAAAACUUCUUCCAACUGUAGGACUGCCUCCAACUCCAAAAUUUGAUUUGAGGGACGUCCGGAUGCGAGAUACCAAGUGCACGGACAGUGCAGGACGCCCGGCCGGAGGCGCAGAUGGCGUCAGUACGAGGUCAAGCGCCGACAAGGAUAAUUCAAGCAAAGAUGCCCAGUGCACAGACAGUGCACCGGCCGGUGGCGCAGAUG